UCCAUUAUUUCCAAUGAGAGUCGCGUGCAUAUAUACGCAUGGACGCGUGACAAGUUUACGCAUUUUACGUUACUUUUUGUGGUAUUCACAACUGUGAAGACAAAGUGCCGCACUUGCAGCAGCUGUGAUACUAGCUCUAGCUGUGAUAUGGCUCGUGCAGGUUCAUACGAUGUCUGAACUUCAAUUCUUUUUUUAUAUAUUGUUAAAAUAAGUGUGUGCACCACCGCACAAAUAGUUGCUUAUUUAGCACGCAGCUGCUUCUAGUCUGAAAACAUUGUGGGGGAGAAAAAAAAAAAGAAAAAAAAAAUUGACGAGAAAGGUUUGCCGUGUUCCGUGGUUCUUUCUAUGGUUCCGUUUCAUGGUUUUGCUUGAGAUGCGAGCGAUUUGCAUGUUUAGCUUUUACGUCAGUAGUAAUAUUAAUGUGUAAAGCGCUCACUGCAAUCUAAGACAUGGAUACCGGGGACGAAAAAACUCUGCAUGAAUCCCUAAAGCAAUACGAGCAGCAACUUGAAGCGGUCGAACUCGCUCUUGCGUCUAGCACUGUUGAAUCUCAGGCUGCUGACUUAUUGGAAUUAAAACAAAACUUGGAAGAAGUCAUUAGCCUUACCAAAGCGACGCUGCGUGGUGUGGUAGAUGAAGACUCAUCCACACAUCAGGGGCAAGUUCACGAUGGCACUGACAUCGACGAGGAGUUUGCAAGGUUUCAGGCAGAAAUGGCAAGCCUUGGGGCUUCACCAGAACCCCAAGAUCAAGCAGCCACUGCUGCUGAGGACCAUUCUAAGGAGCUUGCAGAACUUGUGGAUCACCUAGAAGGCUCUAAAGUGCAGGCACCAUUUUCCAAAGACUGGGGACAGAUGUCAUACCACAGUGCCAUUGUUCUCUCCGUUAAUGCUUCUGACAUCACUCAUGUUGAUGAUAUCAAAGUCAACGUUAUGUUCACCCACCCUACUGUGUCAGCCAUGAAGCCAUGUUCAUUCUUCCUAGAAGGUCGCUGCAAGUUUAGCCAGGAACGAUGUCGCUUCUCUCAUGGCCAUGCUGUUGCGCUGUCUGAGCUGCGUGAAUAUUCUGAGCCCAGCUUCAGCACUUUCAAACCUGGCUCACCGUGUCUUGUGAAGAGCGGCAUAGAUGGCCUGUGGCAGCUGGCUGCCUUGGAGUCCAUUGGUGAACGGCAAGACGAGGUCAUGGUCUGUCUUUCCCACUCUGGGAAAACAGUGUCCAUUGGAGUUGAGGAUGUCUUUCCCUUGGAAGACAAUAGAGGAGUGGAAAGCUCAGACUCUGAUUGUGAUUCUCAGCCAGCUGCUGAUGCUGUGUCAAUCACUGGUGGCUGCGAGGAUGAGCAGGAGGGUGUGCCCAUUGUUGCUUGGUCUCCAAGUACCGCAUCUGGUUUGCCUCUAGGAGCUUGGGAGAAGCACACAAAGGGUAUUGGUUCCAAGCUGAUGGAGAAAAUGGGCUAUGUUUGGGGGCAAGGACUUGGCAUCAGGGGAAAUGGUAGAACUGAGCCGGUUGAGGCUGUUGUGCUACCUGCUGGAAAGUCACUAGACAAAUGCAUGGAACUGAAGGAACUGGGCAUGACAUCCGAUUCAGCCAAAGUGCAAAGAAAAAUGCUGCUUAAAAUGAAGAGAGAGGAAGAGAAGAUUGAAAGGCGGUACCACAAGGCAGCGCAAUCUGAAUCUGUAUUUGACUUUUUAAAUGGUCAGAUAUUCUCAAAAAAAGGUUCUAAGAAUGCUGGUGAGCAGUAUAACAUCCAGAAGGAAGCAAAUAACAGUAAGGAUCUAAAGUCGGUUUCUAUAAGGGCCCUGGGUGUUGAGGCACUACAAGUCACAGAAGCAAUAAAGAGAGCAGAACGUGAAAUUGUAAGGCUGGGACAUUCUUCUGCCAGGAAUAAAGACAGAGACAAAGUAAUGCACGCACAGGUGGAAAAGAAGAUAGAAGAGCAAAGGCAGUUGAUUCAUCAAUUGCAAUCCAAGGAACGUUCUAUUGCUGCUGAGCAGCAGCAUCGGAAAGGCAAUGACAAGUUGAGGAUCUUUUGAGAGAGUGAGCCCUUUGUGACUGCCUUUUCUCCGUGUGAGUGUGUGUGUGUGUGUGUGUGUGUGUGCGUGUGUGUGUGUGUGCGCACGCACACGCCUGCCUGUUACAAUGGGUGAACACCUUGCUUGAAGUCAUUUGAAGACAAGUGAGGACAAGUGCGCAGUUUGUAAAUAAAGAAAGGGCAGAGCUCUUUUUGGAUAAAACA